CUACUGAAUCUGCAAGUAACAAUUUUCAAAGAAUUUGAAAAUUAAAAACGAAAGAAAAAGAAAUUCACUCGAAAAUCGAUAUCAUUAUCCAGCCGCACACUCUUUUCCCUCGUCUUCUCCAAAACACCACUCGAAACAAUGGCAGCACCGGGACUGUUGCUGGCUAACACUUCCAACUUAUGCUUUCGCCGCCCUCCACAUCUUUCUCCUAAAACCAAUUUACUCUCUUCAGACCUGGGUUUCCUUACUUCACAAUUGAGUGGCAUCAGAAUUUCGUACAACCACCCUGACGUGGCAAAGCUCAAUCCCGUUUCCUCCCCUUUCGCUCCGGCUCUUCAACCCGUUGCACGGAGAGUUUGUCCCUUAACUGGGAAGAAAGCAAACAGGGCCAACAAAGUAUCCUUCUCAAACCACAAAACAAAAAAGUUGCAGUUUGUAAACCUACAGUACAAGAAAGUUUGGUGGGAGGCUGGUAAGCGCUAUGUAAAGCUGCGUUUAUCAACCAAGGCUUUGAAGACUAUAGAGAAAAAUGGAUUGGAUGCUGUUGCUAAGAAGGCUGGGAUAGAUCUUCGAAAGGAAUAAAUAGAUGCUUUCAGUUGCUGGUAAAGCUGCUCUGCUUACUGUUUCCUUGUUUUUUUAAAUCUGUUCUCACUAUGUAUUGUUUUAUUUUUGUUGGAUUCUUCCAUUGAAUCGAGGAAAAAUUAAUCGUUAAGCC